AUGGUUUUAGACACUAAUGUGUGGGAUACUAAGUCGCAGCAAUUCCAUGGUGGGCAAGAUUGGAAAUUUUUAGAUAAUUUUGUAGAAGAUUUUUCAGUAACUACUAAUGCGUUAGGUACACCAAAAGAAGCUUUGAAAGCAUCAAAAGAUUCAGUUGAUACAUGUCAUCAUUAUCCACCUGCUAAUCAAGAACCUGCAAAAACUUCACUCGCAAAAUUUCUUUGGCCUGAUGAUUAUCAAACACAUCAUGAUAGAUUAUUACUUGGGAAUGGUGCAAGUGAAUUGAUCGAUUUAGUUGUAAGACUUGCACCUAAAGGUACUUGGAAACCUGGUCCCUGGGAUGUUCAAUAUAAAGAAUAUCAAAGAUCAGCAGAAACCAAUGGACGUAUAAUUCUUGGAUCUAAUGAGGUUAAACCUGCUACACUUACAUGUAUUGUAAAUCCAUGUAAUCCUACAGGCGAUUAUAAAAAUGUUGAAGAAUUGAAACAAUGGAUUAAAGAAAAUGUCGAGGAUGGUGGUGUAGUUAUUGUCGAUGAAUCAAUGCAACCUUGGUUAUCAGAAAAUUUUCGACCAGAUUCUCUUACUUCACAACAUGAAUUUCUUUUAAAAUUUUAUGAAACCAAUAAAGUAUCUGUUUAUAUUAUACAUUCAUGGACUAAAUUUUGGUCAUGUACAGGAUUAAGAUUGGGGUCGGUAGUAUGUCCUACAUCAAAACAUUGUGAUGACCUCAAAAGAAUACAAGUACCAUGGAGUGUCAAUACACCAGCACUUGCAUUCCUAGACAAUGUAGUAAAGGAUCAAACAUAUAUGAAAAAUACAUGGGAACUUACACCAAAAUGGCGUUUGGAAUUAAUAGAAAAAUUAAAAAAAGUGUCCAAUUCUUUAGAAUUUUUGUCAUGGGUUUGGAUUGAUAUGCGAACAAUUGAAAUUGCCGAAAGUGCAGUUAAUAAAGCCAAAUUGUCUGGUGUACCUGUGAGAAGUGGACGACCUGGUUAUAAUCGACCUACUUUUGUUAGAGUUGCUGUCAGAGAGCCAUCUAAAGUAGAUAUUCUAAUUAAAGCUUGGGAACAAUUGCAUGUCACGAAUAACUAA